AUGAUUAAAAGAGUCUUGGUAGACCCUGGCAGCAGUGCCAAUAUUAUAACUAAGGCAGUCUUUGAGCAGUUAGAAAUCCCAUCAUCGUUAAUUCGAGCUACAUCCAGUCCAUUGAUGGGGUUCGAUGGACCGAAAGUGGACCCUAUUGGGAUAAUUGAUUUGUUAGUCACUGCUGCAAAAAGUUUACUGAAAGAAAACUUUGUCUUGAUAGAUAUUCAUCCUUCCUACAAUCUCAUUAUGGGAAGAGGUUGGAUUCACCGAAUGAAUGGAGUGCCGUCUACUUUAUAUCAAGUGAUGCGAUGCUUAUCUCCAUAUGGAAAAGAAGUCAUUAACCUUUGGGGAGAUCAAGUUGCUGCAAAAGAGUGUUACAUGUUUACAUUGAAGGAAGCAAAAAAAGGAGUUAAGAUAUUCAAAUCAGAUACAACCCCUGAAGAAAGUCACUUAUAUGGGUACAAAGCCCUCUGCCCAAGUAUUCAGAAGCCAAAGCAGAGGUAG